AUGAGUCUCGGUAUCAACCCUCAACGCGUGGCAAUUGCGGGCGUCUCGACCGGCGGCAAUCUCACCCUGGCGAGCAUGUUUGUCGCCAGGGAAUCCGGUGACCCUCUUCCAGCGUGUGCCGUGCCCAUCUCUCCGUGGAUCGAUCUGGAGCACGAGAGCGAGUCGAUGAUGACCAUGGACGAGCUGGAACCCAUGUGUCACAGGGCCGUGCUGGACAAGUGUGCCGAUCUCUAUCUUCCCUUGGGAGACAAGACAAGUCCUCUCCUCUCGGCUCUCGAUGGCGAUCUCACAGGUCUCCCACCACUAUUCGGUCCCAUCGGGGUUUACGAGACUCUCCUCGACGACGCGCGUGCCCUCGCACUCAAGGCCAAGGAGGCCAACGUCCCCGUCGAGCUGAAGAUUUACGAUCGUCAAUUCCACGUCUUCCAGAUCUUCAGUCAGGGUUUUGGCUAUGGGUACAUCAUCGGUUUUGGUGCCCUCUUCGCCAUCGGCAUGUCUUCCGCCGUCGUCUCGUCCUGGACGACGGCUGCCACCAUGCUCACGUCGGCCACUGAGGCUAUCUGUUUGGCAUGUCCGGUCCUUUUCUGGGGCGGCGCUGGAGCUUCGGUGCAAAUCCUCCUCUUCUCGGUUGCGGCCAUUGAGCUGAAGCGCAAAGCCCCAAACACGCACACGCUGUUGGAAUUUGUACGCACGCGCUAUGGAGCCGCAGCCCACUGCGUUCUGGGCUUCUACUCUCUCUUCUUUAUGGGCAUCAAUCUCCUCGGAGGACUCAAAGCGACCUUUUUGACCGAUUGGAUGCAUACGGUGGUCAUCUACAUGAUCAUGCUGAUGUCUCUUUUCGUGGUAUACUCUACCUCGAAGGUGGUCGGCUCGCCCAGCGUCAUGUUUGAUCUCCUGACGGAAGCUGCACAACUACAUCCCGUGGCUGGCAACCAAGACAGGUCAUAUCUCACCAUGAGAAGUGUCCAAGGAGGUUUCCUGGGCCUGAUUUUCGCUGGAGCUGGGUUCGGAGGCUGCGUCGACCCUCAACUCGCCCAGGAAGCCAUUGCCGCCAACCCAGCCAGCACCCUGAUGGGCUAUCUCUUCGGCGGCACCGCGUGGUUUUCCAUUCCAUUCUGUCUGGCCACGACAUACGGUCCUCUCGCCGCAGCGACCGGACAUCUCCCUGCUUUUCCCACAUAUCCAAACCGGAUGAACGCCUUCGAGGUUGCUUCUGGCAUAGCAAUGCCUUACGGUGCCAUGGCGGUGAUGGGUAACGGUGGUGCAGCUGCUAUCCUGACCAUGAUCUUUAUGGCGGUGACGUCCUCCUUUCCCUCCGAGACCAUGGCUGUCACUGCUUUCAUGACAUACGAUGUCUAUCAAGCCUGCAUCAACCCCAACGCCACAGGAAAGCAGCUCGUUCGCAAUCUCGCCCUCGUUGCUGGAAACAUGAUGUCUCUCCCCGGGCCGAUCAUGCUGGUGCCGUUGUUUACCUUCAUCAAGCCAGACAACUAUGAUUGGGAGUUACUCAAAAAGAUCAAACUGGCAGAAGACGCGCUCGAUGGAACCGCAGGGCUCGAAUCCCCGCCACAGUUUCACGUCGAGGCAGAAGAGACCAUGAGGAGUCUCUCAGAGGUCCAGCGCGAGGAUGAAAACGCCAUGCUCCUUCGAGCAAGGAGGAAUGUAAUCUGGGCAUCCGUUGGCUUGACAUUGGCCUACGUGCUCCUAUCGCCUAUUCCUACUCGCUACGUGUUCAGCAAGCACUUCUUCAUCGGCUGGAUCGUCGUGGCGUUCCUCUGGGCCUUCUACGCAUCCACCGUCAUCACGUUGCUUCCGAUAUGGGAAGGACGAAGGAGCAUCGUCGCAUUCCGCCGGUUCCUCAUCACGCCAAAGGCCAAGCGACUCGAAGCCACGGCCGAAAUCGUCGAGAAAUCCCAUGUCUCGGAAUCAAAAUCAGCAGCUGGUCAAGUGACGAUGGUGGCGACCCAUCCCGAGAAAGGGGCUUCGGCGCAGGACAGCGAAACCCUCGAACAUUAA